UGCGCGCGCAACCCCGAGUCGUGUCUGUGCCUCCGCCCCCCGAAGAUAUUAUCUCAGUUGGCGCCUCCUUCUGUAGUGGUGUCAGAGUGCUGUGGGAAGGUGCGCAGUCUCAGUGACAUGGCCAGAUAUCACGGGGAGAGUUAGCCAGCCUUCAUAACGUCCCUAUCAUCGUCGAAAAGAAGAAGGCGAACAGCGGGUUUUAAACUCGAACCGCCGCUCUGCGUCUGCGCGCGAUGGCCCCUAAUCUCGGAUUAUGGAGGCUUAUCUAAACUCGCUGUUUAUAAAGUAUGUUUUUGGUAGGAAAUUAGCUAGUCGUGGAUGGCACGACCACGGUGACGCAUCGGUGGUGGUGCUUUGAGGGUGAACCCGAGACCGAGAACUGAUCCAACUCGUGCGAUGAGGCGGAAGCAGAUCUAGAGCUUAGCACGUGGCAGUGACUUUAAUCGGUGCCACCUGAAUCCCAGUAGUGCCACGAGAAAAGGAACACUCUCUCUCUCUCUCUCCCUCCCUCGCUCGCUCGCUUAGUGUUACGCUCCCCCUCGCUCGCGCUCUUUCUCUCCUGCUCCCUCCCUUCUGUCACGUCCCGUGUAUAGUAUCGGGCACUACGGGCCCUUUGGGGCAUCUUGCGAUUACCGCCGCCGUGGUGUGUCUCGUUCGUCUCAGUGAACACGAAACGGCGACGAUGCCGCCACCCCUCCCCCCUCCAGUGUCUGAAAGCACCAGCAGUGAUUUGAAACUUUAGGAGAAGAAAAAGAUAUAUAGUAUAUUAGAAAGAAAGAAAGUUAUCUUCCCUCGGGGCCAACUUGUGCGGCGCCCUGCCUCGAUCUCCUCGCGUCACAGGACAGUCCCCAAAUCCAGGAAAAGUGUUUCCUUCCUCUGCUUCCUCGGUGGCGUCCCCAGGUAAGAAGAGGUUCCCUCCCGUGACGGCGGACAGCCAGGCACUCCUCAGGUGCGGCUGGUCGCUGCUCCCCGGGCGCGACCCCACCAAAAGCGACCUGGCGACAGCGAUGGACUUUCAGAGUGCCAUGGAGACCUUCGCCGAAGCGUGGAUGGCCGCCAACACCAAAGCCAGGACCACCGAGUCGUCGUCUGACCCACAGCGAGAAGGCAGCGCCGAGAGAACCAAUGGGCGAGCUGAAGAAGAUGUGACGUCACGGGAACCCAACGCACACUUGACCAAUGGGAACUCGCCCAAUAGACAGUCCCCUGUGCUAUUGGCCAGAGACCCGGACGAGAGUCCCAAGCCCUUAUCUAUAGGCAAAAAUAUACCCCUUCACGUCGUCAUAGAAACCGUACCCUUAUGCGGCGUGGGCGUCGGAAUGGGCGUAGAUGAGCUACGUGGGCGUGUGGAGGUGGACAGCUACGCCCUCAUUCCCGGUCACACCCGCUUUACGGACCUCCUGCAGGCGGCGCUAAUGAAGCUUGGGUAUUCGGAGGAGCUCGCUCAGGCUAGAGGUCUUCUGCAGUUACGCAACUGGCGGCCCUUGCCCCUCGAGCACAUCCCCGAAACUGAGGACAAGACGGUGGCCGAGGUCCUGUGCGACGUCGCUCCUCUGGCCACUCUGCAUGUGAGGAUCUACAGCAGCCCUUGGAAAGUGCGCUGUGCCAGGGACAUUAAGGACAGGCUGUUAAGGCUCCUUCUGCAGCAGUCCCACCAUCUCCUGGUCUCCGCUGGAUGUCCCUUAGACGAAAGUUUAUUAUCGGCCCUAAUUAGGGGUUCGGGAGAGGUCAGCGAGGAAUCUGCCCGCCAGUUUGAAGCGUGGUGGGCUGUUCACGUCGCCCACGUGUCGCGCCCACCACCCACGCCUCAUGUCAUCACGCCCACCCACCAUAUCCAUCCGCGCCCUCACGCCAUGGAGAAGAUGCCCACUGAACCUCUGCAUCCUGCAAUCCAGACAGUAAGCAGUCAGUAUUGUCCCCAGAAGACCCGCAUGAGGACCAGUUUCGACCCAGAACUCGAACUGCCCAGACUCCACAGAUGGUUCUCCGAGAAUCAGCAUCCUACCAGACUACAGAUUCAGCAGUACGUGGCGGAACUGAAUGCGCUGGAAUCCAGGAGAGGUCGAAAGCCUCUGGAUGUAAGCAACGUUGUCUAUUGGUUCAAGAACGCCAGAGCGGCCUACAAGAGACAGGAGUUCCGCGCAAUCAACGGACUGAAGUCGCCGCCGCCGGACGAGACCAGCAUUUCGGACAACGACGACCAUCACGACCACUACUCCACCCCUCCCGCCCCCCACACCACCCACACCCUCUCCCAUUCGCCUCCCACACCCCACGAGCAUUCUCAUCUACAUCAGCAGCAGCAGCAGCAACAACAGCAACAGCAGCAGCAACAGCAACAACAGCAGCAGCAACAACAACAACAACAGCAGCAUGAAGAUAACCAGGACGACGAUGAUCCCCGGCCGCCUGGAUCGGAAACCUCGGAGAGCCUUCAAGGGCGCAGUCAGCCCGCCGGAGGGAGUUCCGAAGGAGGGCAGAACUCGACAGGAGAGCGCUGCGCCGCCGAGAGCGACGUGGACAUGAGCGAAGAUGAAGAUGACGUCAGAUCACGUGACAGUGUGAGUGUCACGGUCGAGGGUAAGUGCUCACCACCUCCGGCCGUGUCUCCAGGAUCUUUAUCUCUGCCUCCAUACCCACCUUUGCCCGGCUUAGGGCAAGGAGCCAUGGACCGCCUCCCCUACCCGGUAGUGCGGUCUCUGCUUCAGCACUCUAUGAUGUACAUGGCGCAUUAUAUGCCCCAGGUGUCACCGUUCUCCAGUGGUCUGGGCAGCAGCGGGAUCCCAGAGGAACGCCGCAAGAGGAACCGAACGUUCAUCGACCCGGUCACGGAGGUGCCCAGGCUGGAACAGUGGUUCGCCAUUAAUACCCACCCGAGUCACAACCUCAUCCUGAAGUACACCGAGGAGCUCAACCGGAUGCCCUACCGGCAGAAGUUUCCAAAACUCGAACCCAAAAACGUUCAGUUCUGGUUCAAGAACCGACGGGCCAAGUGCAAGAGAUUGCGCGUUUCCAUGUAAGAAGAUGGAGUGAGUGAACGGAAGAGCAGAAAAAAAAUGGUGGUUUCGAACCAAUGGGUCUCUGCGCGAUUGUUCGAAAGAAGAUUCUCUAGCGGUGAAGUGUACCACUUCGUUCCAAGGUCAUAGAACUUUGUUCGUUCAUUUCAAGGUCCUGUCAGAGAGGGACUUGGUUCAUCUUUCCAUGCUCACAAUCGGGACUUCUGUAGAACCGUGACGUUGGUCCUCCUCUCGUCUUUAUUUCUCCGUUUUUAUCUUCCCAUCAGAGCUGUUGGAAGAUGUAGAGCAAAGCUAAGUGAGCUUUUCCGUGAAGAAAUAAAAUCGUGAUUUUAUGUGCCAAGUUGUGGGAUAGGAGAAAGAAGCUCUCAUGAUAUUUAAAAAUAAGUUUAUUUUGAAAUUGAAUAUGUAUGUCAGAAAGUGGAUGUGAAUUGGAAUCACUUCUCCCCCAGAUAAUUUCGUUUAUUUGCAGAAGAAAUGAACACCAAAGAUCAUUGAUUGAAAUUUAUUCAUUGGUUAUAUUCCAGCAAAACAUCACAAUGUUACACAUUGCAAGAAUUCAAUGAAGAGGAGGUAUAAAGUAGAAUUCUUGGAUCGAAAUGAAUUCGAGCUACGCGAACCCUUUUUACCAACAUCCUCCGAGGAUAAAGUGCGGCUGAAUUUCGCUGGUGACAUUUGGUGUACUUAUUGAUGAGUGAACUUCAUCUGUUUUCAUUUUAAGGAACAAAAAUCUCUCGUAGACUUGAAGCAUCCCCCCCAACCCCCACCCCAAGCCACUUUUACUCCCGAAGUCAGAAAUGCCUAGUCGUGUACAAAAAAAACAAAAAAAGGUGUUUUAGAAUUAAUUGUUGUAAAUACUGUGAGAAACAUGAAAACCAAGGUCUGAAGACCUUGAUUAAAACUGUGUGAACUGUGUUUGCCGCAGUGGCGUAAGAGUGUGUGUGAAGAAAUAGAUGUUUAUAUAUAUACACAUAUAUAUUUAUUUCAUUUACUGUUGUAAGGUUCGCUUAAAUAGGCCAAAAUGGGAAAACAAGAAUGUGUUUAUUCUGAAUUAAACUCCAAGAUUUUUAAGGUAGGAAAAUACUCAAUUUCUCUGACAGGUCUCUGUGAAGACGGAACAGUAAUGAUUCCUCCCAGUGGAAUGAAUGAUUUUUACAACUUGUUCAGACAAGAGUGGAAUAUCAGCUUUUGUGUGUGCGUGUGCGCGCGUGUGUGUGUGUGUUUGAUUGUGAUACGAAUCGUAAGGAAGUAAUAGCGUUAGUUAUGUACUGCACUAGAUGAAACACGCUCCCUUCCGAUGGCGCCACUAAAGCUUUUCCGUAUUGGGCUAAAUCAAGGGUCCCUUGGAUGUCGUUCAUAUCACUUAUUGGUUAUAUUAUGUGGACUUGGGUUAAAUUCCGCUGUAGUAUGGUUUACCGUCGUGUGUCGUGCGUUCAUUCACCCGGUCAAAGGAAGGGGAUAGUAGUAGUAUGUCGGGUUCACGUGUGUAAACAAGCGAACCUUCGUUCUUUGACGUAAGUCGAAAUUUUUUCGGUGGUUUUGUUGUCAUCUGUAGUGUUUAGCUCGAAUCAGUUUUUGAUAAUUAUGCUGUUUCUCAUUGUUUAUGUGGACACGUCUUUUGUGAAACUUAGUUCGGCAAGUAGACUGUUAUUGUAUUAUAAUAUGUUUAGAUUGUUGUUUUUUAGUUUUAUAAAUGCUUUUUGGUGUGAGUAUCAUUAACUGAGAUUUAAAUUUUCAUGAACCGCGUCCUUGCUAGUGACAUCGCCAGUAACUCUCCUGAUAUAUUUUUGAAAAUGCAGAUACUUCUGGCCCCGCCCCCGGCCCGACUUAGUUUAUAAUAAUACAUCUACUUCUGCGAUGCGUUAUGAAAUUUAGUGUUAUUGUAAAUUUAUUUUUAUUUUCAUCAUAUACUUAGAGCCGUUAAAGACCCAGCUCAUUGUCGAAGUAAAUUCUACUUGCUAGGAAUAUUAAUUUUAUUGCAGUUUAUGUUUUAUUGCUGUUUUUGUUCAGUAAAUUUCCGAUCACUUUGAGUGCAAUACAUUCUCGCGGUGAUUGAUAAAAUUCUCGGUGUGAGUGAUGGAAUCAAACAUUUCUGAUUAAUAAAAUUCUCGCGGUUAUUGUAAAAUCAGACCUUUCUGAAUGAUAAAAUAUUCACGGUGAUUGAUGAAAUCAAUCAAAUUAAUAAAGAAUAAGAAUAUUUCAGUGACGCUAACGAGUGUAUCAGCGUCUAUCGCACCCUCUGCUCUCCGUAACAAGUUUCAAUAACGUAACGUAAUGUGUGUUUUUUUUUUUUUUAUGGUUGCGGAGUUCGGAUUGUCUUCCACAUUUACCUCCAUAAACUUUAUUAUUCUAGUUUGUGUAUUUACUUAUUCCUUGAUUUUCGAUCGCAACCUGGCACCGGAAUGAUUUAAUUGAUUUGUUAUUAUUAUUAUUAUUAUUAUUAUUAUUAUUAUUAUUAUUAUUAUAGUCAUUUCGUCAACAUCGCUAGACUUGAAUUUUUCCCAAAUUAUGAAUAAUUAGAAGUAAUUGAUUUAUCGUAUUUUCGUUCGUUCUUUCGAUCCGAUUUAAAAACAAGGGGGGGGGGGGCGAUUAAUGCGGUCAUUUCCAGCCUUUCAAACCGUUUCUGUUCAUUUAUCACAAGAGUUUCCGCGAAACCAUGAAGUUAUCCGGACGACAAAGCGACAAAUAGAAUAAAAAAAAUGCAUUCUGCUUUCUCAGUGUUUUAGCGAUAUUGUCGCUUUUGCUUUUUCGUCUCUUUCAGACGCAGAUGUAUUUAGUAUUCAUUAGUGUAUUUCUUUCUUUACUUUGAUUAGGAUGAUAUAUUCAGAAUCGACUGGUCUUUUUUGUUAUUUUUUUAUUUAUUUUUUUUUCCUAUUGGUUUCUUCAUACUUUGCAAACGAUUGUCACAACUGAGUCCUUUUCAGAUGAAGAGAAGAAUGGGCUAACGAUAAUUACCCGGCCAGAAAGGAUUCUUCGUCGCCGUUAAUCAAUUUGCUCAGUUCAAUUUUUAGUAAAAACAAUGUAUGUCAACUUGCGUAGUCUGAUGAUAGUUAAUUUCGCAAGCUACUAAUCGUAAAUUUUUUAUUUAAUUCUGUAUACUGGCGUGACUUCAUUACCGUUUUUCAGACUCCAGUUCAUCUCGGCAAUAUUUGACCGUGCCGCCAUUUUGGUUCACUCCGCAGCCAAGGAUCUUAAGAUGAAAAUCUCAGUGGUUGUAAAAUUAAUUUAUUUUUAGCAUGCAAUGCGCGCAUGUGGUAUCCGUGGUAGUAGAAGUUGUUUGGGCUAUUUUCUUUAUUCUCUCGUAGGUUAACGCUGUGUUGUCUAGUCAUAUUUAAGUGAAUGUCUUUCCCAGACUUGAAGUCGCCGUUUAGUAAGUCUCUGGUUGCUUUGUAUUUUUCCUGUGUUCUGGUAUGAUAAGGCUGUAUGCCAGUGUGUGUGUGUGUGUGUGUGUGUUUGUGUUUUGGAGGGUGGGUUGGGGGGCGGUAUCGGCGUAGGAGUAAGAGCGCUUGUGUGUGCAUGUGUGUAUUGCAAAGUAUGUCCCUAUGGAAGUCGACCCUUCAGUGCAUUCUUCUUCUUUUUUAACUUAAAAUAGGGCUGUCUUCGUUGUAUAUAGAUAUUUAUAUGAAACUGUAUUGAUGAUGAUGAUGACGAUAUAUGUAUUUAGGUAUGACUCGUUUUCAUUUGUAUUUCACUGGAGUAAAGGUAAACAGAAGUGUCAUUUAAUGUGAGAUUAUUUAUAUAUGUCAUUGAAUCCAGAAAAUUGAUGCAUUUCAUUGUCAGGGUUGUGGAGUAAGUUGACUUACUUGGAAAACUCUUUAAUCCGUUCUUCUUUAUUUUGAUACUGGUGACGAUUUGCUUUCAUUAUUUUGGUAACGUUUUACUCAUUUGUGUCGCAGCACAAACUUUUUUUUUUUUUUUUUUAGAAAGUUCUGCGUCGAACAGACCUGUCAUUUUUGUUGCAGUGAUCGCUAGAACUAAGCCCCUUCAGAAUUCUCGUUCCAAGCGACUUUUUUAUUGUUCACAAUUUUCUGGAAUCAAGCCACUCUGCUAGAACAUGUGUUUCUAGAUUCUUGUGAUAUUACUGAAGAAAAGAAGUGUAAAUAAGAUUGUUAUAUUCAAAACGGUUUUUUCCAGUUGUAAAGUAUUGUAGAAAGCUCAUAGGCUACUCGUAGAUCCCCUGUAUCAUAGUUGCCAAGUCCGUGUUUUGUGUCAACGCUAAUGAGAUGUCUUACGAAGGAACUUGUUUUUCUUAUAAAAAAGAAAAAAAAAGAAUAAGUGUUUUUGGAGUAUGCAUUUCUCAGUGGGAGGAAUUUGUUCUUUAUUUAAUGUUAGAAGUGAAUGUGUCAGUCUCACACACACAAAAUGGAUAUUGACGGAGCAAGUGUUAGUUAUUAUUUAUUAGCCAGCUGACUGAGAGGAGCAUUCGCCCAGUGGCGCCGACUUUGAGAGCAUUUCAUAAGUUCUCCAGCCAAUGUAAUUCUGAGGUUGUCUUUUUAUUACGGUCCCAGAAAAAUGGUCUUCAUGUGUUCAUGUCUAUGACAUACCCAAGUAACAUUGGCUUUACAAGAUAAACUAGAGAAUAAGAAUUAAAUUAGAUGACACCAUUUGAAGGAGGUGAUUUUGAAAAAGUGUAUUAGAUAUGCAGUGCAUUAUCAUAUCCGUGGAAAGCUGUGGAGCUCGUUGCUAUAUUGUUGGUAUGGUGGUGAUUCUCCAUGGAUUUUCCCGUCAUUGGUUUCAAAGUUCUAGUUAUCAUUCCGUUGUACACUUUCAUUUCUAGAUUUAGUUGUAUAUCUUCAUUUUCUAAAUGACUAACCUAUGUCUGGAAGCAGCAGUAACAUUUUUUUCAAUGAGAGAAUUGAAUUUCAAUUCAAUUCGACCAUACUUUUGUUAAAUGAGGAAAAUUGGGUCAAGUAAGAGAAAGUAUUUGUUAACUGAUGAUUAGGCAAGUCAGGGCAACAAAAAUUGUAUAUGGAAUGUCUGAAAAUUUACGUCAUCACAGCUUUCAGAUUUCUAAGAAAAUAUAGUGUUGUGUCAGAAGAAGCACAAGAUAUUUAAAAAGAAUUAAUUUUACAAAUUAUUCAAAAGGUCAGUGAAGUUAAUUUUUUGCCUAUUAGAUUCUAUUUAGGACCUCAGAUACGUUCAAUUUAAUAAUGUAAUUCCUCAGCCAGUCACUCUCCCCCCCCCUAUCCCCGCCUCCUGACAGUUCCACUUACCCCUACAAAUACACAGCGCUCAUAUCCGAUGACUUGAACAAAUGAAUUUUGAGAAUAUUGGUUAUUUAUUUCCUACUUGUAUACUUGUGUAGUUAUCGUCAUAAGCGAAUGGUUUUCUCUCUUCAUUUUCUAUGUGUAGAAUAUUCACAAAUGUACAUAACUUUUAUAUCUUGUUUCGAGGAAAAAAUGGUGUAAAACAUUGCUGAUAUCAAGGGCGUAACCCGAGUGAACAAAAAAGAAAAAAAAAUACGAAGACGAAGAGAAACAAGCUCUGUACCACUGAAGUCUCUGAACCAAAGUUUAAGGUUUGCGUCUCUUUCGGACGCGAGCAGUAAUGUAAUUUCUCCUGUGUUGUUCAUAAUAAAACCGUGAAGUCAAAA